GUCAAAGGGAAAGUGUUAUUGAGAGGGUAUCACCACGAAAUAGACUGCUGGAGAAUAGCACGCACCAGUUAGAAGAUGUCAAGAUGUUGAGAAGAAGGGAAGUUCACAAUCAGCAACAACGAUCGAGAAGAAGGGAAGUUCGUGCUCGCCAAAGUGAUGAAGUAAGAUCACAACAUGCGAUUAUUCGACGACAACAGCGGCAACAUCUUUCUUUUGUGAACAUUGAACGGGCAGGUUUUCGAUAUGAUCCAAACAUUCAAUAUAGCGCAUCUGUUCAAAUCGGUCAGAUGUCAGUAGUUUGUCAAUAUUGCAAUGCAGUCAAAUUUAAAAAUGAACCGUCAGGGUUAUGUUGCGCCGGGGGAAAGGUUAAGUUGCCAGAAUUGCUUCCACCACCACAACCAUUGUUCCCGCUGCUUUACGGCCAUUUCUUAAAGCACACUAAAAUGUACAACGAUAGUUUUCAAAUGACGUCGUUUGGCGGUGAAAUUGUAAAUGAACAAAACUACAAUCCAACGUUUAAGGUUCAUGGGCAAAUUUUUCAUCUCGCUGGAUCGCUGUUGCCGCAUCCAGAUCAAGAACACAAAUAUCUCCAAAUUUACUUUCUUGGAGAUUCAAAUGAUGAAGUAAAUCGGCGUUGUGCUAUCUUCAAUACAACGAACACAAUGGCCUCAUUAAACUGUUUACGAUUUCGUUGGCACGUAUGCCAACAGGUGAUCAUAGUAUAAUCAUACAAGCGGACAAAAGACCAACAGGGAAACAUGAAAGACAAUAUAAUGCAUCUACAGUUAGCGAAAUAUCAGUUGUUGUUGUUGGAGAAAAUU